AGGGGCUUUGCCGUGGCCCGCACGGCCUCGCUGCUGCCCGGCUCCUGCCCUGAGCCCGCGGACAUGCCGAGCGGGGGCGGCCUCCUGGCCCUUGCCGAGGUCUGAUCGCCGCUGGGACACGGUGCCCCCCCCCCCAUGACGCCCCCCAUGGCGCCUUAGGGGCUCCGAGAUCCAGCCAGCGCCGGGCACCCGGGGGCGAACAUGUUUAGCCAGGAGAUGUCCCUGGGGGCCGGGAUCCUGCAGGAUGCGAGCGGCCAGUUCGGCAAAAGCAGCUACAGCAGCAGCCCCCAGCCGCCGCCUUUCUUCCCCUUCCCAGCGGUGAAAGCGGAGUACGACCCCCCCGAGCUGCCGGCGGGGGAGGCUAAGCCCUGGUGCCCUUUCCCGGGCCCAGAGCCCUGCCACCAGCCGGGCAUGGCUGGGGGACACCAGGGCCCCCCUCUCCUGGGAAGCGGGCAGGCCCCGAAGGAAGAGCCCGGCCAGGAGAAGGGGCGCAGACAAGGCUCCCCAGAAGCGAAAUGCGCCCUCCUGCCCGCGGGCCCCUACUACGCCCACCCCUGGAGCAGCCCUUUCUGGCCUGCCUUGGCUGGCCACAGCGCGGCGGCGGCCCGCGGCCCCCUCCCCAGCCAGACGUUCCCGGGGGUCGGGCUUUGCCCCGGGGCCCCCCACGCCAUCUACCCCAGCGACCCGCACCAGCCCCCCAGCGGCCUCUCCAGCCUGGGCAGCAGCGGCAGCUCCAGUGGGGCGGCUAGCGAGGGAGGCCAGUCCAGUGAGAGUGGGGACGAGGACGCCACUCCCACCUCGGAGGAGCUGGAGCAGUUUGCCAAAGACCUCAAGCACAAGCGCAUCACCCUGGGGUUCACGCAGGCUGACGUGGGGAUGGCUCUGGGGACACUCUAUGGGAAGAUGUUCAGCCAGACGACGAUCUGCCGCUUCGAAGCCCUCCAGCUGAGCUUCAAGAACAUGUGCAAGCUGAAGCCGCUGCUGCAGCGCUGGCUCAACGAGGUGGAGAACAGCGACAGCCUGCAAGAGCUGUGCAAUGCAGAGCAAGCGCUGGCCCAGGCCCGGAAGAGGAAGCGCAGGACCAGCAUCGAGAACAACGUCAAGGGCACGCUAGAGAGCUUCUUCCGCAAGUGCGUAAAGCCGAGCCCCCAGCAGAUCUCGCAGAUCGCCGAGGAUCUCAACCUGGACAAAGACGUGGUGCGAGUCUGGUUCUGCAACCGGCGUCAAAAGGGCAAGCGGCUGCUGCUGCCCUUCGGCGAUGAGAACGAGGGAGCCAUGUACGACAUGAACCUGGCCCUGGCGCACCCAGCCCUGCCCGCCGCAGUGAGCUCCCAAGCCUAUGCCCCGGCCCCCCUGGCCUCGCCCCCUCCCAUCUACAUGUCGGCUUUCCACAAGGGUGAGAUCUGCCCUCAAGCUUUGCAGCCGGCAGUCUCCAUGGGGAACAGCGGCAACUGAAACUGGGGGCUGGGGGCUAUUGGGAGCUGGACGGAGGCGCCUCCUUGGCGGUGCUGCUUGGCUGGCUCCCCGGAGAGAAAAGCACCCCAGAGAUCCUGCAGCUGCUCCCCAGACGCCUGAUUCGGGGAGGGGUGGGGUUCAGUGUGUUUUGUUUGCUUGUUUGUGUGAGGGGGAGGGGCAGCAAAGCAGGCAGAGGGAGCGGAUCACCCUGUGCUCUGGAGCGAGUCCCCGUCCUUCCCACCGAUCUGAGUCACUCCUGCUGCGAGGAGCCUGCUUUUCCCCUCCCCCCCCUCGAGUUGAUCUACCUAUCCUGCCCCUCCCCCGGAGCCGGGGCCUCGUCACUCAUUUUCAAACGACUUUUUAUCUAUUAUUAGUUUGGAGAAGGGGAAAAAAAUGAAGCCCUUUUUAGCCAUUUCUAGUUUUAAAAUGAUCCCGUCUCUGUCUCUCUCUGUUGCACGCAGCAGGGCUGGGCGAGCCCUGGGGACCGUCACUCCCCUGGCCUCUUAGUCCCAGGCAACUGUAACCCUGGGAGUUUCCAAGGAGCCUAAGAGAGUCAGGGUGCCCAUUGCAUGCCAGUGGGAGUUGGGCCCUUACGUCUCCUUGACAAAUACCAGCCUGGGGCUUAGCCUUGCUCCCUGGGCACGUAGACAUGUCUUUCACGGUCCCAGCUCUGUCUCAACCAAUCGGCAUUUUCUGAGGAGAAAAUGUUUCACUGAACAGUUCCAGACCCACGUGUACUUAAUGUGCCUUCCCUGCCCAAAUGCUUCAGCUGCCUUGUCUUCUCCCAACCAUCCCCUCCAGGAGCCCUAGGCCUGAUGAGCUUCCAGAGGGCAUAGGAGGCUAUUCAGCUACCCCGGGCAUCCCUGAUGGAUGGGUUACCCUGCCUAGCUCAGGACCCCCAGUGUUUCCAAACUGUGGGUGAGAAUAGCUGCCUAUGGCCCCCAAGGUCUCAACUCUGCACUUCAGGGCUCUGAGACUCUGCCUGGAAGCUUUCAUUGUUGACUCCCUGGAGAAGCGGUGUAAUGGGUGGAAAGGGAUAGAAGUGCGUCUCCCAGCCCCAGCUCUAAGGCUGUGAUUCCACCCACACGCCAGCCGAGUGAUAUACCAUGCACGUCGGAGCCCCCUGGUAGAACUACAGCCUGGUACGGGUGGCUCAGCUAGAAAACAUUGUGCAUUGUAACCAGAACAAACCAUUUUCAAGAACCUAUUAUUUUGUACCCGGCCCUGCAUGUUUUGUAGAGCCGUACAGAUCCUCCUUUUCAUAGAGCGCUCCUGGAGCGCAGCGUGAAUGUGUGCCGGGGUCAAACGGGCAAGAGAAAGCGGGUGGGACUCUGCAAGCUCCACCCCCAACCAAUCUCCACUCCCGUCCCAUGCCAGAAUGGAGCUCCACGCUCAGACGGGGGCACCGAUGUUCUGGCGAUGACCAUGUGUGUUCUCUGGGGCUGGACAGGGUUCAAAUACGCUGCUGGGCUCCUCCGCUUGGUUCUCCCUUGGGGUGCCCAUGAUUUGCCGGGCAGCUUGGCCUUCAUUGCCUCUUGGCUGGCAAUAAAUAUAAGCAGUCAAGAACAUAAGAACGGCCAUACUGGGUCAGACCAACAGUCCAUCUAGCCCAGUAUCCUGGCUUCUGAC